UUAGUGGGUGGAUUGGAGGGGGAUGGGGGAGCUUACAGGCUGCGGCUGUGAGGACGAUGAGGCGGGCCCAGUGAUUCUUUAUUAGGCGACCCAUGAUGGUUUGAAUAUCAGUUGAUGAUUAGGUAGGCUCGUAUGCCGAUUGGGAGAGGUUGGUUCGGGUGUGAUAUAUCUCGAGAUGCUAGCUUCCUCCAACGAGUGACGCAGCCAACCGAUGAUGAGCAGGAGAGCAAGAUAUCACCCAAAGAUCGGACCCGGCCGCAACAGCGAAAAGCGAGAUGCAAGAAAGAAGGGCUUCACUCCACCAGGGCAGUUCCACGCUGCACGGUCAACGCUCAACGAAAGUACGAAGAGCGGAGAACUAAGCACAAGCGCACACGGGUAGAGCCUGGUAUAUGUAAACCCCGAAUUGCAUCGUCCAGCCUGGGCACUAGCACCCAGACUCCAUCGCCGUCCGCGCUGGAACGGUGCGGGGUGCCGAGUUCAGGAUUUGUGGGCGUGAUCGAACCUUGCCGUGGGGAGCGAUCUGUGCCGGGUGGGGAUACGGCGUGUUCGAGGAAAAUUGGAUGGGUUCGUGGGCGAGGUGGUUAGCGGCGGUGGGUGUCGGAAGUGCGUUACGGGUGGAGAUGGGAACGAAGAAAUGGUCGGUCUAAGGGGCGCUGUCAAAGCGUGGUUUCUGUCGCUUCCUUGCCGUAUAUAGGGAUCUGGAAUGGGAUCGAAGACUAAUUUUAAGAGAGGCGAAGGAUCGACGAGGAGGCGGAAGUA